UUCUUAUCGUGACAGAUCUGACAGUCAACCAAUGAGUUGCAGCGAAAGGUUUCUCUUCUCGGGAGCACUAGUGAAAGCUAUCUCUGUAUCAGACAUAGCGGCAACGUAGUGCGAGGACGGCAGGCUAAAGAAACAUGAUUCGUCUAGCGAGCAGUGUUAUGCUUAGGGAUCUCCUCAACGCUAUGCGCUGCAGGACUAAGGCCAGCACUUUGGUGUCUGUUCGUAGCCUUGCAUCAGCGGUUGGGUUUCCCAGUGUUCGGGAGAGAGCAGGCGUAGGCGGCUGGAAGGCACACUGUCUGACACGCGCGUGUACACUACAGGCUCGGAGGUAUACUUCAAAAUCCGAGGAUGCUACGGAAAAUGAGAACGGCAAAGUUACCCCGCCGGACACGGAAUCCGCUACCAAAGCUUCAAAUGAGGACAAAAAGAAUAAACCAGGGUUGCUGCCUAGUCUAGAAGACUUGCUAUUUUACACAAUUGCAGAAGGACAAGAAAAAAUACCAGUUCAUAAAUUUAUCACUGCAUUAAAGGCUACGGGAUUGCGCACAUCUGACCCCAGGCUGAAAGAAUGCAUGGACAUGCUAAGAUUGUCUCUUCAAACAAUGUCUGAUGGUGUCAUGCUAGAUAAGGAACUCUUUAAAAAGUGUGUUCAAAGCAACAUUGUGCUGCUCACGCAGGCCUUCCGAAGAAAGUUUGUGAUUCCUGACUUUAUGUCUUUUACAUCACACAUCGAUGAACUUUAUGAAAAUGCCAGGAAGUUGUCUGGUGGAAAGGUUGCAGAUUACAUUCCUCAACUAGCUAAAUUCAGCCCUGAUUUGUGGGGAGUUUCUAUUUGUACUGUAGAUGGGCAAAGGCAUUCAGUAGGCGAUACCAAAGUACCAUUUUGCCUCCAGUCUUGUGUGAAACCUCUGAAAUAUGCCAUUGCAGUAAAUGACCUCAGCACAGAGUAUGUUCACAGAUAUGUUGGAAAAGAGCCCAGUGGCUUACGGUUCAACAAAUUAUUUCUAGAUGAAGAUGAUAAACCACACAAUCCUAUGGUGAAUGCUGGUGCUAUUGUCAUCACUUCUUUAAUAAAGCAAGGAGCGGGCAAUGCAGAAAAAUUUGAUUAUGUGAUGCAGUCUUUUAAUAAAAUGGCCGGGAAUGAAUAUGUUGGUUUCAGUAAUGCCACGUUUCAGUCAGAGCGAGAAAGUGGAGAUCGAAAUUUUGCUAUUGGAUAUUACCUUAAAGAAAAAAAGUGCUUCCCAGAGCACACUGAUAUGGUUGGAAUUCUGGACUUUUAUUUCCAGUUGUGUUCCAUAGAAGUCACUUGUGAAUCUGCCAGUGUCAUGGCAGCAACACUGGCAAAUGGUGGCUUCUGUCCAAUAACAGGGGAGAGGGUUCUGAGUCCUGAAGCCGUCAGAAACACAUUAAGCUUAAUGCACUCUUGUGGAAUGUACGACUUUUCCGGACAAUUCGCUUUUCAUGUUGGCCUGCCAUCAAAAUCUGGAGUUUCUGGGGGCAUCCUACUAGUUGUUCCCAAUGUUAUGGGUAUGAUGUGUUGGUCUCCUCCGCUUGAUAAACUGGGAAACAGUGUUCGUGGGAUUCAGUUCUGCCAAGAUUUGGUAUCUCUCUGCAAUUUCCAUAAUUAUGAUAAUUUAAGGCACUUUGCAAAAAAGCUUGAUCCUCGUCGGGAAGGAGGUGACCAGAGGAACCAGAAUUCGCAUGGACCAUUGGAUUAUGAACACCUGCAGCAGGAGCUUGCUCUUAAAGACACAGUAUGGAAAAAAGUGUCACCAGAAUCUAAUGAGGAUUCCUCAACCACCGUAGUGUAUAGAAUGGAGAGUCUGGGAGACAGGAGCUAAAGUCCAUGGCUCUAGUUUCAGAAUGUUGUAUGUAUGUUACUGCAGCUGUAGUUUCCUGUUGAAGCUACUUGCUGCAACUAUAUUUAUUUUCUCAUUUUUGCUUUUAUGUAUGUAGUCUGAUGUAUGCAUAUCUAUGUCAUAAACUAAAGCUUUCAAGUAUGCAUUUUACUUUCAUGAGUUCAUUUUAUAAGUAGGGAUGCAUCAAAUCUGCUGUUUUGGGAUUCAGCCAAAUCUCAAUCUCCUAAUGAAUAUACCUUGCACAGAGUGAAAAAAAAAACAUGACUUUCUUGUUCGUGUGAUGGAAAGGGACAUCAUUUUAAGGCUUUGGAUUUUUGUUGGGCAAGGCAUUUGGAUUCUGACACAUCCUGGAUUCAGUGCAUCCCUACUUUUAAUUACUGCUACAAGAGAACUUAUUUUGUAAAUAGAUCUGAUAUAUGAAGUUAAACUUUUCUUUUGUAGGGGAGCCAACUACCUUUGUGCUAUUAUACCUUUAUGUUAUACAGAGCUGGAUUGUGCUUCUCGUAUGCCAUCUUAAGGCUAUGGCAAAAUACUACAGACAAUUCUCUAAGCGCUCAUAUAGUGACCAGUGCAAAUGAAAGUACAAAACAUGGAUUUUCUUAGACUUACAUUUUUUUUGCAGCUGACAGUGCCCAGGAGAACAUAUAAUUGUACUGGGCUGUCCGUCUACUUUGUUGUUGGGGAGGACAAUGAUUUCAACUCAUGCCUCCAUUUUGCUUACACACUUUAUUAUGGGCAUGUCGUCUUUAACAUAUUUUGAAAAAUGAGAUGUUAUACUACAUGUAUCACAAAGUGCUGUGUGUAGGAACAGUUUGGUACAAAUUAAUUAUAGUAUAGACACACAUCUUGCUGGGACGGGGGCUGUAGUAACAUAUUUUACAGAUGCUUAUGGUGGAUAUAGUCUAGCUUGAGGUUCAGUCAUAUAUCUACUGCAAACAGAUAUACAGGCUCAUUUAUCUAUGUGCAAAGUGGAAUAAAUAGGCACAAGCCAACAUGUUUUUUGCACUUUACAUGCUUCCUUGUCAGUGGUCUUAUAUUCCAGAAUGUGAGGACUGGCAUGUUCCCAGCAUGCAUACAGUGCUGCAUUUAAGCAGCACUGUAUCCAUCAAGAGUUGUUUGGAGUUACUCUAAGCCAAGGUUUACAUACAUUAAUCACACACACAAACACACAUUUUGUAAAUUUGGGUCAUUUUCCUCAGUCAAUAAAUGAACAAGCACAAUGUUUUGACUAAUUUAAUUGGGGUUCUCCUUAUAUCGUUUUAAGACUUGUAUGAAAAACAGUUAUAGGUCAUAGGUAUUCAGAAAUAUUGAAAGUUCACAAACUUUCAAGCUCUACUGUAUAUAGAAGCCAAUUAUGCUCAACUAGUGUGUUUUCUGAUUCUUGCUACGAUGUAGUACAAAACACUUAAAUAAUUGAUCUGUGAAGAAGCAUUAUGGUAUUUGCUGGAAGAGAGAUGGCUUCUGAUACAUUUUGCGGACAGUUGUUGGUCGGGCCACCUUUGUUGUUAUUCAGUGAGAUGCAACACUUUCACAUCUUCUGUUCAUUGCACACACCAAGAUGACACAUCAGUAGAUAUGUAAGAUUUGUUUUCUGGUUUUUAAGUUUAGCAACCAUUGACACCAGAUGGCUAUUGCUAAGCAUUGUUAGCAAUUCAGAACAUUACAAUUCCUUUUUAAGCUAUUGAAAUGGCAUAGGCAUGUCCUGUGCAUGCAUAGUAUACUAGGAUUUUCUUAUUUGAGUACACUGCAUAUGCUGAUGAUUAGACAUAAGAUGGCAGCAUGGACAUUGCUGAUUUAACAUUAAAUCAGCUGGAUCUCAACAGAACAAGGGGAAAAAUAAAGCAAAGCGGCAAAAACCAUCUUUGCGUUUCACUUAGAACUAUUAUGUAUUCCCCAGUUGUAAAUGCAAUAAAACAAGGUAAUACUGUUUGGGGUCACUUUAAUUUUAAGUUCAAAACACUUUGAAGACAGACCUAAUGCCAUAUUUCCUCUUUCUCAGCUUCCUUUGUCUCAUACACUGCUAAAAAUAUUAGUGAGCUUUUCAAAAGCAAAAUCAGUUCUAUGAUAUUCCUCGGAAUCAACCUCCUGGCUAUUCACCCCCCCCCCCAGAACAAUCCUCAGUUUCUACUGUGCAUCUUAUCUCUGUAAUAGAAAAAGGAAGGAGCAAAAUUCUAGUUUCCUAACAUCUUAAUCUCACCCCUUAUAAUUAACUCGACUCCUCCAAUCUUAAUAAACCCCCCCAAAUCUUUGCUUUAUUUUAUCUCUAAGAUCCUCCAGUUGCCUGAAUUCAUUGAGACCCCUCAAACACAGGUCUUUAAAACCUUUUCUUCUUCUUUGACUGCCAUUUUUACUUGAAUGUCCCAGUGUUGCCUUAAAUUAGCUUUGUCUAAAAUAGAAAUGGUGAGUUAAUAACUGUAAUGUCCUUCCUUACCCCUGGUUUCUUGGUGUUGAUUUAAGCCUCAUUCCCAAGUCCAGGCCCUGAACAAAGAAAAAAGAAUUCUGUCUGUAGGGAUUGAAAUGAUUUGGCUUUUUAUGAAUAAAUUUUGAAUUGUAUUGUAGUGUGCUGUAUUCUGAUCUUAAUUUCAGUUUUAAACUAAGGAGUCCAUUCAGCAAGCAGUUUUCCCCAUCUUGGAUGCCUUGCAUUUAUUUUAUUGAGGUAUAUAUUUUUUGCCUUUGUUUAAUUUACGUUUUAAGCUGGAGAGUCUAUUCAGCAAGCAAUUUUUUGUCAGUUUUUUGGCCUUGCUUUUACAUUGUUAUAACUGGUAAAAAGCUUGGUCCACUGCAGAGGCUUCCCUCCACCCUCAAUGACUAACCAUUGGCCACUACAAUAACUGCCCCAUUUGCAGAGAAAAACAGCAAGUUGGUGAGUACUGCCUCACUCCACUUCAGAUCCUUCUGAAUUCUCCAACCUGGAUCAUGCACAGCUAAAUCCAGGUCUGGAUCAUCUUCAUAUGCACAUGAGUCUCCCACAGGAUCGCUGGGAAGAUGGCGCACACCAACUAUGCUGUAUUACUGUGUUUUUAUAACCAGUUGCAUCAAACCAGUAGUUAUGGGGGUUCCCAGUUGUGGUGCUCAGGAUGCAUGAAGAGAGGCCUUUAAACGGAGCCUACCUGAAAAUUAAUUUAAGCAUGUUGAGGCUAAAAAAACACAGUGCCACGCAAAGUCGAUGAAACGUAACUCUCAACAUUACAACCGGACAGAAUAUAAUGGAAUAAGAUAGCUGAUGCAUUUAGGUGUGCUCAAUCCUGUGUCUCAAAUGCACAAAAUGGGACACCUGUCUGAUGAUCUUAGACCCUGUCUCCAUCUCCAGGUAAUGGAGAUGGAGACAGGGUCAUGAUAAAAAAAAUAAUUCAGGGUAUUCACAAAUUUGACAUGCAUUUGUUUGUGACAUUGAUUAAAGAUGGCUGCCGUGAUAAAACAUAAUAGAAAUAUAGUAAUGAAUUUGUUUAUGAGUAUAUGUUAUGCAUUAUAUGUCUGGUUUAUUCUAUAUAUUGUAUGAUAUAGUAAGUGGCUCCCUGGUUUUUAGCCUGCUUGUGUAUUUUGGUUGAUAGGGUCAUGGCAAAUGUGGUGGUGAAAUGGCUGGGUCUGCCACCAUGUGGAUGUGAUGUCUUGUGGAUAUUACGUAUCCAUUGUGACAAGUUGAGCUAUUUCUGCCUGUUCAAGUCUUACAAGGUUACUAAAUGGUCCAUAAGAUGUAUGCGCAUUUGUAGAUUUAGACUAAGCUUGACUAAGUAUGAAGAGGAAACCUGAAAUGUUGCAUGCACUACCUAUAUAACCACAUCUUUGAGUAUUAUUUUAUGGCCAAUUUUUACAGUUGUAUUGAAUACAUUUUACUUUUGGCCUAAGUAAUUUUGAUAUUGUGUAUUAUUACUUUUAACACUAGUUUGAGUGAGUCAUGAGACAGAUAUUACUAAGCACCAACUGUAACUGAUGGCAUCACCGAGUGCCACUUAGUGAUAUUAUUUACAGGUUAUUCAUGGGAACCAAGCUCACAGUUUAUUGAGACGAUAUGGGAUACCCCUACUGUUUUACUAUCAUUUAUAAGCAUUUUACUAUCAUUUAUAAGCACUCAACCAAAGAUAUUAGAAAGCACCUUAGGGAUUUUGCAAAUGUAUUUUUGUCUUGCUUAUCCUUUGCCUUUUUAGGUACACACAAUGCUUUUAUCUUGUUUUUAUUUGAGAUGAUGGGUUGUUGAGACGAAUAAUAUAAAAAGUAGGCUUUAACAAAAAUUAACCAAGAUUGUGAGGAGUGACUGUGGGAUGUUCAGGGAAACCUGAGCUAUGAUUAGAAAUGUCUCCAUCUAGUAGUGUUGGCUGUAUAUGCUGCUAUGUUGUUGUUGUAAAAACAGUGCAAAUAACAGUAGGCAGUAGACAGACUUUUUAGAGGUUUUCAAAACAGUUUUCCACCAAAGAUAUAUUGUGCAAGUUUUAGUGUCAUUUAUCUGCUUCUGAAUGUUGAUUGAUGUCUGGAGAGUAUUGAGGUUAAGUAUUUUGUUUUACAUUUUGCUUUACAUUCCAUACCCCUUUUGCUUUUUUUUUUGCAUGUUUUCAAAAUUAUAAUGUAUGUGAUGCCUUUUGUUUUGUAUUGUUCAAUAAAUUUAUUUUAAAUGCCA